AGCCUCCACCCAAGUAUGUAUAUGACAAGUCCGAGCAGCUCCAAGUGCCCCUUACACUUGACACUUCACAGAGGCUUUCGCAUCAGCUGACAACUGCAGUUGUCAAGAUUUUGCUCGAGGAAGGGCUUGGCUACCAAAACGUAACUAUCAUAAAGUACGAAGAGGAUUCAUUCAAUUCAGAAAUAGCGCUGAGUCGACUGAAAUCUCCUCCCAAGCAGAAAAGCAAACCGCCGAAGGCCAUGAUCAACCUGGAGGUGUGGCUGCCGCCGAGGUUCCUCGAGGAGGACAACAUCGUCAAGAUGGACUGCGGUUCCCAUGCCUCUGGCAGCAGAUUCGGCUGGUACAUCUCCAACAACAGCUACACGCAGACGGACCAGAUCAUGGACCACUGGCGGUCUUUCCAGCGCGUGGAUGUCGUCCGAAUAUUUGAACUCACGCAGGAAGAAGACGCCACACUGCAGAGAGAUUACACAAAAUCUGGAGACAAAUACUUUUGCCAGCAUCUUAACUGUACUGAUGGAAUUUUUACCCCGCCAAUUUGUCGGGAAGGGCCGUGUGCCACACUGCUUGUGGGUGACUACAAUGACUUUUCUGCAUUUCUUGUGGAUCAGGUGAUGGACCAGCACCUGCGAGUCCGCGUGGCCUGGAUUGGCCCUAAUCUCAACCAUCAGUUCCUGUGCACUUUCCGGAAUCCCAAACCUCUGAUGUUCUUUGACUGGUGGCCAAAUCAACUCUCAAAUUUAGAAGAGUUUAUGCCAGUAUCAUUUCCACCUUGUAGUAGCUACAAAGGGAUGAAUUCGUCGUAUUUAUGCAAUUAUGAAUUACAUUCUUUGAAAAAAAUGAUUUGGAGUAAUUUACCUGAGACUGCAAAAGUAGCUGUGGAGCUUGUGAAGCGUUUUUAUCUGAGUGAGGAAGACUACAGAGAACUCCUGAGUCUCUACACAAACAUGACGUCGACGUGCGGUCGGCAUGCCUCCUUGAUUACGAAAUCGCAAAGUGAAAUUAUCGAAGACGUUGCGUGCCAGUGGCUGCAGCGAUCGCACAGCAAUGGGACGGAGGUUUGGGUCGACUGGCUGCCGCACGAUUACGCCGCCAAGACAGUUCUCUGGAUCGGAGGAAUCUUCCCCGUGAACUCGAAGAAAAACAAUGGAUUUACAAGCGCGACGCUCCUCAAGGCCGCAUACAUGGCGACGGACCGAGUGAACAACAAUUCCGAGAUCCUCCAGGACUAUGACAUCAAAUUAAUGGUUCAGAACGGCGGAUGCAAGAGUGAAUACGUUCUGGCUUCGUUCAUUCACUACGUUCGCAGCGAGACUGGAAGCCCCCCCCUGGAACAGAUGAUCGGAAUUCUAGGCCCUGCCUGUUCCGACACCGUGGAGCCUCUGGCCGGAGUUGCAAAACACUUCUACACUGUGGUUUUGUCUUACAGUGCCGAAGGUGCAAUAUUUAAUGAUCGUGAGAAAUAUCCCUAUUUCUUUCGAACUAUCCCAGAAAACAAGAUGUAUGGGUUUGUGUACUCAGAAUUAUUCAAGUUGUUUGGGUGGAAACAGGUGGCAUCUCUUACUGAAGAUUGCAACAAGUACAGUGAAUAUCUGACUCUGCUGCAGAACAUGUUGCCCAAAGGAGUUAAUCUAGUCAAUCGCAAGUUCCCCCGCGCAGCCAAUAGGAACAUGACGGAUCACCUAUUAAAGCUGAAAGACAAGAACCUGAAGAUUAUCAUCGCCGACUUCUACGCCGGCACCGCAAGGGAGGUUCUGUGCGAGGCCUACCACUUGAACAUGACAGCCAAGAACGAUUAUGUUUGGUUUUUGCCCAGGUGGUUCGCGAGCAACUGGUAUGACACAGAGUACUAUGCCAAAGAUGAUGCAAAGAAGAUUCCUUGCAACAAAUCAAUGAUGAUUGAGGCCGUGGACCGCCACAUGGCGCUGGGCUACGCCUACUACGCCCACGACGACUUCAAGUACCACGAGGGCAAGACGGUGGGAGAGUGGCGGGAGGAAUACAAAGCUGUUUACCUGAAUCACAGUCAGAGUUUAACGGCGGACUAUGCGGGCUACACCUAUGACGCCGUCUGGACCUACGCCUUCGCGCUGGACAAGUUGCUCAAAGAGGACGAAACCCACGUGUCCAACCUCCACAGCGCGAGGACAAACAAACGCUUUGUGGAGAUCAUUUCGCAGACGGAAUUCGACGGCGUCUCGGGACACAUCAACUUCAAGGACGGGCCGUCCCGGGACGCGACCAUCAACAUCAUGCAGUACGUGUUCGACUACAACACCAUGACGGGGCAGUACAGGACGGUUGGCACCUUCACCAGCAAUGAUUCACAGAAAAAGAUACUGAACAUGAAGAAGCAGAACACGCAGUUCUUCAACGGCAUUCCCGGCGACGGCUCGCUGCCCAACUCUUGUCUGUUCGAAACCUUCCGGCAGAUCCUGGACGUGCGGUGUGAGGUGGCCAUCGUCAUUGUUAUGGUCCUUAUAUUUGCGGUGUUUGCAAUGAUUCUGAUCGGGCUGUUCAUCGUCUACAAAAAGCGGUUUGAAAAGAUGCUGCCUGAGCAACCGGCCUGGCCGCUCGGAGAACUGAUGUCCCUGGACGAGUGGGAACUUCCCCGAGAAAAGGUUGUGAUUAACCGAACCAUUGGCGAGGGCGCCUUUGGCACUGUGUUCGGAGGUGAGUGCCAGUUUGGGGAGAACUCGCCCUGGCUGGCUGUGGCUGUCAAGACGCUGAAGGUGGGGUCGACAGUCGAGGAGAAGCUGGACUUCUUGGGCGAAGCGGAAAUGAUGAAGAGAUUCACUCACGUGAACGUCGUUCAGCUUCUUGGACUCUGCACCCAUCAAGAGCCCAUAUACAUGGUCAUGGAGUUUAUGCUCUAUGGGGAUCUGAAGACCUACCUGCUGGCUCGGCGGCAUCUCGUUUCGGACAAAACGGUUCACAGCGAAGAGGACGAGAUAAGCAGCAGGCGGCUGACCUCGAUGGCGCUGGAUGUGUGCCGUGCGCUUGCCUAUCUCACCGAAAAUAGAUAUGUUCACAGAGAUGUCGCCUGUAGGAACUGCCUGGUGAGCGCCGAGCGGAUUGUCAAGCUCUCCGACUUCGGAAUGACCCGACCGAUGUAUGAGAGUGAAUAUUACCGAUUCAACAGACGAGCUAUGUUACCUGUGCGCUGGAUGUCACCUGAGUCGAUAGAAGACGGCCUUUUCACCAACAUGAGUGACAUGUGGUCCUACGGCGUCCUGUUGUAUGAAAUCAUCACUUUCGGCAGUUUUCCAUUUCAGGGAAUGUCCAACAAUCAGGUAGUGGAGCAUGUCAGAGCAGGGAACACAAUUACCAUACCCAGUGGCGUGAAACCGCAACUAGAAAGGCUGCUCAUGAGCUGCUGGAGCAAAUGCCCUCAGGAUCGGCCCACCUUCAACGAAAUGGCAGAAACUCUCACUAUGUGGCCACGCCUUAUCACGCCGUGCUUGGAGGUGCCGUCAGCCGCAGUUCAGCUUAAUGAUACAGAUUCACUGGAAAUUGUGCUUCCAGCUGCUGACCAGCCGUGUCGACGGAGCUCGGCGCCCACUGCACGUCUUCCAAACCCACGUGUGCGGCAUACGUCAGGGGGUGACAGCAUCCCAGCGUCAAGUAAUGUCCAAGGAAAUCUCUUAUCCCGCGGCCAAAAUGUGCCACUGCUUUCCACCACGAGCACGCCUGCGCCGCCAACGACCCUAAACGUUUCUAGCUGGAAUCGAACCCCGCAGGAGAAUGGAGGCGGGCCGUCUGUGGAGCCGCUGUUACCCCAGAAUGGAGACGGCUAUAUGUCACGCUACGUGUGUCUUCAACGUACAAAGUCCGGCGAGAAUAAUAGUGAUUUAGAUUCUCCAUAUAACAAGAAUUUGUAUUUGGAUUCGCCCAAUAUGACUGCUGUGUAACUUUAGGGCAGUGAAAUGAUACACCAUUUACCCUUAUUUCUUAGUGCAAGUCAAUGUUAUCUAAGAUAUUUACUGAAAAUUCUCCAGAUAUGUUUAUCUUCAGUGUCAUAUUUUAAUUUAGCCAUACUGACAACCCUGCUGUUUGGUAUUAACAAAUACCCAUAAAGCACCAAGUCAGCUGCUGCAGUUACUGGGACUGAGCAGGUAAUCUAUAAUGAAACUAUAUAUUAUAUAUUUUCUCUCUAUUUCAAGUACCAUGUUAUGUGCAAUUCCUGUGUGUAUACUUGACCUUAUGAAAAACUGUGCAGUUCAGCUCGAAGGUACCACAGUAGACAGUUUUGAUUGAGGUAAGCUGUCAUGAGUGAGAAAAGCAUACACACUAUCGCACUGUCAGUGCUACAGAUCUGAGGUUGACUUAUACAGUAUGAAUAAUUUAGGUGCUAUGUGAUGGUGUUCAGUGGAUCACAACGAAGAAAUGCCUGGUACAAUGAUUGUCUGUAUUUUGCAUGUAGGAUAUAUAUUUGAUUCACAUCAUCACUCUUGUAUUGUAAUUCGUAUGUACUGUCAUCAAAGGUUACAGUGAUGCAGUUAUGAAUAUUUUUUGAAGUGACUGACAUGGAUCCUACUUUCAUGUUGGUCUUUAGUUCUGGUCAUAUGUGUUAACUGCAUUGCCUGGGGUCAUUGUAACAGGCCAAGAAAAUAUAACAAAUGUCUAACCAGCAAGAUAUAUAACCAAGCUACUGCUUUUAGCAGAUAUAUUUUUCACACGCUUUUACAGUGAGGUGCCAAAAAUGUACAAAUGAUCAAUAUAUAGUAGUUUAAUUAGUAGUUAUCGCUUGAUAUAUUUUUGUUUUCAAGAGAAAUAUAGUUCCUGAGAAACUGCCUCAUUAAAACUGUGUAAUCAUUAUAUGAUUUAAAGAUUUUAUGUAUAUGACCUGUUAUUUUGCUCAGAAAUUCUAUGACUAAUAAUUUAGAACUUAUUUGGAAUAAAAUUGAAGCUCAGUCUUGAA